AUGAAUGGAGUGGUAUCAGACCACUGUCCCGUGUGGGCAGAGUUUUACUGUGAUCGUGAUGUGGAUAAGAGUGCUGAUGAUGCAGAUUUAACAUCCUGUUGUGAUUGUAACUUUUCAGGAGCAACUACUUUUAAGCCAAGAGAUAUUUUGUCAUUAUGCAACCGAUGGCAGAAUUGGGGAGAAAGCAUACCAGUAAUUAAUCGCGAACUUUGCCUGGCCUUAGCUCGUGCUGGACACCGCGUGACGUGUUUAGUUCUUACCUCUACGGAUUUCGACAAGGAAGAUGCUAGAAAGGGAAACGUGGAAUUGAUUCAGUGUUCUGAUAAGCCAGGGAUCAAGAGAGACGAUCCACAGCUGUUGUAUGGCCAGCAGAUUAAUUGCCAUCCUGAUCUGGUGAUUGGACAUGGAAAACUUACAGGACCAGCUUCAGUGUUUCAUGCUGAUAACGCAUCGUGCCCAAGACUCCAUGUCAUCCACGACCUUCCUGCUGAAUGUUUAAAGUUUGAUAGUCUUACCGAACAGCAGUGUAACGAAGAACAACUUGCCAAGAAUGCAGAUUUUGUGGCAGUAAUUGGUAGCCUUCUGAAGGAAAAAUGGAGCACAGUAAUAAAUCGGAAUGUGAUUGAAUUGAUUCCGGGUCUUCCAGAACUAACAACAAGAAAUCGUAUUCCUUCUCCUCAGUGUCGUUGUUUUGUACCCGCCAAGUUUUCCGCUCCAUUCGCAAGUGGACUAAGGCUUGCCAUCAAGACUGUCGACUGUUCUAGUAAACGUGAAAGUUCACCGCGAAAAACCACUCUAAUUGCUUGCAACACAGAUUCAAAUGGAUCAGUGAAGCCUGCGAAGAAAGUUCUGAAAGAUGUUAAUAAAAGUUUGGUUGAUCUAAACGAAAGGUCCAGCAUUAGUAGUCAAGAGGUCCACUUUGACAUUCAGGGAGCUACGGUGUAUCUGUCACCUGCAAGAGUGGAGGCGUUUGGAGUGACUGCUUUAGAUGCAAUUGCGAUCGGAAUUCCAGUUAUAAUUAGCGCACACAGUGGACUUGCUUACACGAUUCGUCAGUACUUUGAUGAAAAGUUCCACUCCUGUAUCAAAGAUGUAUUCCUUGAUCGUGACGGAGCAAAUGCUGAAGGUGAAGAGGAUGACGAUGCCCAUGUAUGGGCGAUAUCGAUUGAUAAGAUAUCUUUGUACCGAGAAGAAGCUUUUGAUCUAGCAGGUGACCUCCGUUCAGAAUGGAAAAAGAAGUUUACCUGGGAUUCAGCAGUCCAGGAACUUAUGCAUCCCAUUACUGAAUCCGGCAAACUUUCAUUACGAUCUCCAAGAUCACUUCCAAAUUCCACUAUGAUGGAAAGAGAAGUACCAGAAGCUUGUUUAAACUUGGUCAAAGGGCUCAAUAUAUUCGAUAGACGGCAAAAAUUUGUCUUGUUCCUGUCGCCAGAAGAUCCUCAAUUCUUACAGAAUGCUGUUCAUCUGGGACUUGUUCAGUGGGCUGCAGUGUUCGACUUUGACAGUGAGAGUACUACAAAAGGCUAUCUCAAAAGUUGUGAAAGUUUUUUGGAAAACACUGGCAAACCAGCUUGUCGAAUGCUACCUCCUCCAAAAGAAGACAUAGGAAAGGAAAAUCAGAACUUUACUCUGCCAAACGGCAUUCCUUGGAUCCUGCUUCAAGGUGUUCCAGACAUGGAAAGGGAUGUCGAUCGUAACUUGGAUUGGAUUCAAGAAAUAUUUCAUCACUUGAGGAAGAGACACUCGACCAACAUCACACUUCUUAUCAUAUGGAAUAGUACAAAUGACAACAAGCAUCUUUGCAAAAAGCUCUAUCAGAUUCAACUACAAGUCCAAGCUUCUCCUUAUUGGAAGAAUGCAGUACAGCUAGUACUUCUUUCGACGUCAGAUGAAGUUGACAGCAGACUCGAUGACAUUGCGGAAGAAUGGGGCGUGAAGAUAAAGGCAAUUAAUAUCAACCAUUUUUGUAAUGCCCUAUAUAGCACAGCCACUGCUAACCCUCUGUACAAACUCGAUCCAGAUUUUUCGCUUCCAAAACGCAAUGUUAAUGGUAUGCAAUGCGAUAUUGCACCAGCAACUCUUCCUUCAUCCAUGAGAUGGGUAGAUUCAGUACUUGAAGUCCUCUAUACCUCCAUUGGAAAAACUCCGGAAUUUGGUAAAGUUGAUGCACACUAUUUCUAUCGAGGUGGAAAAAUCUCAUGGUAUGGUAUAGAGAUGGACUACGCUGUUGAAAGAGAGUCCUGGAAGCCUCUGCAAAAAGUCGUCGAGGAAGAAAUGGAGUAUCGUGGUGCCACCUUUCUCACACUUUUCCAUCAGCGAGGAACUGGAGGAACAACCUCAGCAAGGAAGCUUCUUUAUGACUUCCACCUUUGCUAUCCAUGUGUCUGCCUCAAGACAAUAAAUUACGAGACGUUCUUGGCAAUCAAAGUGAUCUGGGAGUUUUGUUCUCUUCCUGUCAUCAUACUUGCAGAUAUUAAAGAGUUCCCAGGGGCCGAAGACAAUGACGUUGAGGCGUUGUAUGGAAACCUUUCAAAUGAGAAAGUUUCUUGUCUUAUUCUGCAUAUCGUGCACCGUCACUACCAAGUAGAGCCAAAGAGAGAAAAAGAGCCAAAUCCGAAGGAUAUAAUCUUAGCAAAAUCUCUGACAGAUAAAGAGAAAAAGAACUUUAUAAAGGUUUACAGUUUGCAAAGCCCGACAAAAAAGUCCGAACUAGGAGCAAUGAAACAUGCCGAUGAGCAGCUUCAAAUCCCUUUUUACUAUGGUCUGGUUGCAUUUGGUGAACAGUUCAAAGGACUUGAGCCAUUCGUCAGUGACUGCUUGCGAGGACUCAAUGAACGUCAGAGAAGAGCAUUGUGCUUCCUCAGUAUGGCUCAUCAGUAUGGACAACUGGAGUUAAAUUUGAGCACAUUUGCAGGCGUCUUCAACCUCAAGACUCGGCAACUUCAUUCCAUGGAAGAUGUUUUAUCCCCAGAAUCGAUCGAGCUUCUUAUUGAAGAGUAUGGAUGCUGGAGACCCCGUCAUUGUACUAUUGGAAAGGAAAUUCUGCGCCAGCUUCUGACAAAACCCUACAACAUUCAUCCUGAAAAUUGGCAGCGGAAUUUGGCAGAUAAAACGAUGGAAUUCAUCUCUUAUACGGAAGAAGAAACUUCAAAGGCUGUACUUUUGAAUCGCAUUUCUGAUGAAAAAACCUAUAAACGGUUUUCGUCCCUAGUGGAAGACAUACCCGAGGAUGAGGAUGUAGUCAAAGUCUUCAAAAAGGCCAUCACUGUCCAUCCCAGCAAUCCUUUCUUCAAAGCUCAUUUGGGCCGCUAUUACAGCGUGCGGAGAGGUCAUGAGGGAUUCGAUUUAGCACUCAAGUAUACUGAUGAUAGCAUUCUACUUGCUACAGGGAUGUCUAGAAAUAUUCGUAGCCAGCUAACGCAGAUGAAAGGCAUGAUAUUCAAACGGCAGGUUAAAAGCCAAAUCGAAAAAAGCGCAAACCUUGCUGAUAUCGUUUCUUUUGCCAAAGAAGGAGUGGCGGCUUUCACGCGUGCUGCUAGUAUUUCCCCCGAUAGACUUGAGAACUGCUACAUUCCCCAAGUAAGGAUGAUGUGUGACAUAUUCAGGCACAUCGAUAAAGACUUCAAAGGUGGAAUAUUCAAGUAUCUGCAUUCAAAUGAUGCCGAUCCUUUUAUCCUCGAUGGAAUUUCAGAAUCUUCAGAUAUUCUGGAAUCAGUGUCUGAGAGCAUCUACUAUCCCGAUUUGCGUCGAGAUUUGUUCAGACUUGGUGGAUUUGGUCGACGAAAUAAAUCGGUCGAUAAAGCAGAUCUGAUCCAACACUUCAAGGAGAUGAAGAAAACGUCAAGAACGAGUACAGCUUCAAUAAAUCGACAGAUUGUUCUCCUCCAGCUGGAACUUUGUAAGGAAAAUAAUAAACCAAUUUCUGAAGUUGCAGAAGAAUUAAACCAUCUUCUUGAGGAAGCAUUGAAGUAUGACAAAAAGAUUGAUCUUACCAUGCGCCUUUGGGUAAAAGUGGCCCCUCACAUUCCAGUGGAUCUACAAGCAGCAGAGAGCAAGAUGGCAGCCUGGUGCAACCAAGGGAAGUCUGCAAUGUCUUAUCUUUACCGCUACAUUUUUACUUGCAUACGUAUUCUUGAGGGUGGUAGGGACCAGCGGUUUGAGGACGACAGAAAGAUUGCUCGGGAUGACCUUCACAAAUCUGUUCACUCGACCAAACGUCUUACCUUGCUUCAUCCCGAUCGUCCAGUAGUGUUCCUUGGAACUGCCAAAGGCAUGGGUCAGCUUGUCACAGCAGAAGAAAGCGUGACAAAUGUCAGAAAGCAACGUUUGAUUCCCGAAAGCUUAACGAGACGACUGCGAAGGUUUACCGGUAUCAUCACGAAGACUGGCAAGGUUGCACAAAUAAAAGCCGAUGGUCUUACUGUCUCAUUUCGUGCAGAUUUAUGCCAGCCUCCGCUUAUUGGGGAGUCUUACCAAGCUAAGAAAGUCAGCUUCUUUCUUGCCUUUACUUACUUUGAAGCAGAUGCAUAUAACGUGAAAAUCGUCGCCGAGUAAACGUGAACUGAACUGUGUGAAAUUUGCUACUUAGUGCAUGCCUUAAGUUUACACAAACUUAUAAACUUAUAAUCUUAUAUUUUACAACUAUCACUCUGCGUUGGCUCUUCCGUGAGAGCUCGUGAGGUUCGCUCCACACAUACUAGAACUACAUUCUAUAUUUACAACACACAACACACUCAACUCACAUGUUGAUUUUUAUGGAGGGAGGAAAACCAACAUGUUUUAACCACUGGCAAAAAGCGGAGAUGAUUAUUUACUGCGUACCCAAUAAACACGAUUAUUGCCAUGCUACCAGAUGCAACUGAAGCCCACUGUAAACUUGAAACUGUAACCGUGUACACGAAAUGUACGACUAAGCCUGUGAAACAGUCAAAAAAAAGUACAAGUGGAACUUA